UUUGAACACUGAGGAGGAAGCAACAAUCCUCGGGAGUGAAAUGCAAAAGACUUGACAAUGGAGUUAACAGCUUUGAAUUUGCUUUGGCUUCUUUGUGUGUUCACACUUACAACCCAAGAGCUGGUGAAACUAAAACUGAGUCCCAUAGUUACUACAGAGUGUGGCAAACAAGUUUCCCUUCACUGCAACGCAUCCUCUUAUCAGCAUGGGUUAUCAAUCACACACAUGGAGUGGUCCCAAGGCAAAAUGUCUCUAUGCUCUGUGGACAGUGAGGAAGAAAUGAUCACACACCAAAGACACUCUCUAAGUGAGUUUCACUGCGAGUAUAAAGAUGGACAACUAUCCCUCAUCUUUCAAGAAGUGCUGCCUCUGGAGAGCGGAAACUCAAAGCCCUACAGGUGCAAACUGCACUCCAACCAAGGAGUGGCUCAUGGGUAUACAAGAGUGGAGAUACAAGAAUGCUGUGGGAGUGUUAAAGGUGUCUUAACGAGUGAAGGUCCUGCCUGCACCUUCCAGCGUGCCCACCCAGAUGGAGAUGUGCACUGGUUUCAUGGAUCCCGCAAUCUCUCAGAUGGAUCUAUGAGGCAAGACACGGCUAAAAGUGUGAACACACAGGGUUGGGUGAACAUUCAUAGUUCGCUGACCAUCCAUGAUGACCUGGACUGGAGAAGUUCAAAUGUGCCAUUUAACUGUUCCUUAAGGAGCACUAAAUCUGGUAGAUACAUUGCAAGUGCUCUGAUUCAGAACAAUGUUUUUCACGGCACUAGUAAACUGGGAGCUGCACUCUCUGGAAGCAACAGAGUUGGAUCACAGGAAACCAUGAAGACAGCUCUGUCCAUUAUACUUGUUUUACUUCCCAUGCUGAAAUAAUGAAUGUGACAAAGUUAGACCAUGAAACAGAUAUCAGGGUGAAUGAUU